AUGGGAGCAAACACCUCCAGCAAGUCACCAUCCCUGGAUGAAAAUGAAGAUGUCACCUUCGACCAUUUUGAAAUUUUGCGAGCUAUUGGGAAGGGCAGCUUUGGAAAAGUCUGUGUUGUGCAAAAGAACGACACCAAGAAGAUGUAUGCCAUGAAAUACAUGAAUAAACAAAAGUGCGUGGAGCGUAAUGAAGUGAGAAAUGUUUUCAAGGAGCUGCAGAUUAUGCAGGGCCUGGAGCACCCCUUCUUAGUUAAUUUAUGGUACUCGUUCCAGGAUGAAGAAGAUAUGUUUAUGGUUGUAGACCUGCUGCUUGGAGGGGACCUGCGUUACCAUCUCCAACAAAAUGUGCGGUUCCAAGAAGGCACCGUGAAACUCUUCAUCUGUGAGCUGGUGCUGGCCCUCGACUAUCUGCAGAGCAGGCACAUCAUCCACAGAGACAUCAAGCCUGACAACAUUUUACUGGAUGAGCGUGGACACGUGCACAUCACCGAUUUCAAUAUUGCCACAAUGCUGACUAAAGAAAUACAAGUCACCACCAUUGCUGGCACAAAGCCGUAUAUGGCACCUGAAAUGUUUAACUCCACAAAACCCACCGGCUAUUCCUUCGCUGUGGACUGGUGGUCCCUGGGAAUCACUGCCUACGAGCUGCUCAGGACCCGGAGGCCGUAUCACAUUCGCUCCAACAAUUCCACAAAUGAAAUCGCUCACGUGUUCAAGACGGCCACGGUGAUGUACCCUGCCGCUUGGUCCACAGACAUGGUGUCGCUGAUCAAGAAG